CCUCAGCUCCACUUCCUAGUAAAAAUUUCCUUUCUCCCCUAAUUUCUAGGGUUUCGUAUAGAGAAGAAAAGAGGGUCGAACAUAAUCAAAUAGAAUGGAUUGGGGAAACGUGACCGCUGAGGAUCUGAUUGAUGCGCUUCGUGAAGUUGACUGGUCAUCACCGCCACGUCCUCUCCCCGAAUUCUUCUCUCGCUUCACCGUCCCUCGAUCAUACGCCAAAUGGAAUAGCCGCCUUAAAUGCAAUCUCUACUACUACCGAACCAAUUAUUUCAUUAUGAUUGUUGUUAUUCUUGGUUUGGGAUUCCUGAGGAGUCCGGUUGCUAUUUUAGCUGCGAUGUUAACAGCGCUUAGCAUUGCCUUUCUUAAUGAUAGCUUUGCUGGUACUUUUAGUGAGAAGGUGACUAGAACUGUGAGGCAAUUCUCCCCACAUUUAGCAGCUAAGAUGAGGCCCCCUCUUACACCUGUUAUCCGUGGUCGUCCAUCAGCUAAAAGAACAAUUCACAUAUGUGGUCGGCCACGUUGGGUCUUUGUCUUCAUAUUCUCAUCUGUGAGUUUCAUCCUUUGGUAUGUAUCCUGUGGUCUCUUGACUCUGCUAUGGGCACUUGCCAUUGCCCUGCUUGUCACUAUCCUUCAUGCAAGUUUUAGAACUCCUAACCUGAAGGCUCGUCUUAAUACAUUUCGCGAGGAAUUUCGUGCCGUUUGGCGCAAUUACAGUGAGCUGUAGAUCAUAUAUUCUAUAGCAUGUAAGCUUAUCUACAUCCAAUGUUAUAUUUGUUUUACUUCUCUAGUUUUUACCAGUUAAAUAUUCAACGGAAUUCACUAUUGAUUAAAUUCACCUUCUUGUUUUUGGAAUAUUCUGUAUAUUCACAUGCUAUUCUUAUGUAUUUCAUGAUUGUGAUUUUCUAGUUCACUAUAAUGUAUGUGCAGUAGCAUAUUGGUAUCUUU